ACUCUAAUUACAAGCUUCUGUUCUGCUGUCGCUCCCUUUGCACAUACACAGACCAAUUACACCAAUUUUCUUCUCUUUUGUUCUUUGAAUUUUCGAAAUGGCAGGCCGGGGUAAGACUCUCGGAUCUGGCGCUGCAAAGAAGGCACAAUCGAGGAGCAGCAAGGCUGGUCUGCAGUUUCCCGUCGGCCGUAUCGCGCGUUUCCUCAAGGCCGGCAAGUAUGCCGAGCGCGUCGGCGCCGGAGCUCCGGUCUAUCUGGCUGCUGUCCUUGAAUAUCUCGCCGCUGAGGUGCUGGAAUUGGCUGGGAACGCUGCCAGGGACAACAAGAAAACAAGGAUUGUGCCUCGGCACAUUCAAUUGGCAGUGAGGAACGAUGAAGAAUUGAGCAAGCUUUUGGGUGACGUGACGAUUGCCAAUGGCGGUGUGAUGCCUAACAUCCACAACCUUCUGCUGCCGAAGAAGACUGGCUCCUCAAAGCUUUCUGCUGAUGAGGAUUAAAUCGGUGAUGGUGAGAGGCAAAGAGGAACACAAGUGACUUUUGAAUUUAGGUUUUGCUAGCAGUCUGUUUUUUUAUGGUUUUAUUGAGUUUAUGUUCUUGGUUAUGGGGUUUUGGCCAUGGCUGGUGUAGGGUUUGUGCAUACAAAUGAAAUGUAUCGAGAUUGAAACUUUAUGAGAUAUAGAGAUAAUCCUGGCUUAUUUAUUUUAUUGGGCUCUUUAUAUUAUUAUUUAACUAAUUUGUAUGUUACACAAUUCGUAUCUUGUUAACAGAAAAUUGAAAUUUCCCA